CUGAGGCGGGAUUUGGAGCCGACUGUCGAAUCUGCGGGCGGAAGCGGGGCCCGGUGACUCAGCACGACAAGAUGGCGUCGGUGUGGGAUGAGGCGGAGCAAGAUGGAAUCGGGGAGGAGGUACUCAAAAUGUCCACAGAGGAAAUUAUCCAACGGACCCGGCUGCUGGACAGCGAGAUUAAGAUCAUGAAGAGCGAAGUGCUUCGCGUCACCCACGAGCUGCAGGCUAUGAAGGACAAGAUCAAAGAGAACAGCGAGAAGAUUAAAGUCAACAAAACCCUGCCUUACCUGGUUUCCAACGUCAUCGAGCUCCUGGAUGUUGAUCCCAAUGACCAAGAAGAGGACGGCGCAAACAUUGACCUCGACUCCCAGAGGAAGGGCAAGUGUGCCGUGAUCAAAACUUCCACACGGCAGACAUACUUCCUGCCGGUGAUUGGUUUGGUGGAUGCGGAGAAGCUAAAGCCCGGGGAUCUGGUGGGAGUGAACAAGGACUCUUACCUCAUCCUGGAGACGCUGCCCACUGAGUACGACUCGCGGGUGAAGGCCAUGGAGGUGGACGAGAGGCCCACGGAGCAGUACAGUGACAUCGGGGGGCUGGACAAGCAAAUCCAGGAGCUGGUGGAAGCCAUCGUGCUGCCCAUGAACCACAAGGAGAAGUUCGAGAACCUGGGGAUCCAACCCCCUAAAGGAGUGCUGAUGUACGGCCCCCCCGGCACGGGGAAGACCCUCUUAGCCCGCGCCUGCGCCGCCCAGACCAAGGCUACGUUCCUGAAGCUGGCCGGUCCCCAGUUGGUUCAGAUGUUCAUCGGCGACGGGGCCAAGCUGGUUCGAGACGCCUUCGCCCUGGCCAAGGAGAAAGCCCCCUCCAUCAUCUUCAUCGACGAACUGGAUGCCAUUGGCACCAAGCGGUUUGACAGCGAGAAGGCUGGUGACAGAGAGGUGCAGAGGACCAUGCUGGAGCUCCUGAACCAGCUGGAUGGAUUCCAGCCCAACACGCAAGUCAAGGUAAUAGCUGCCACGAACAGGGUGGACAUCCUGGACCCCGCCCUGCUACGCUCCGGCCGCCUGGACCGCAAAAUCGAGUUCCCGAUGCCCAACGAGGAGGCCAGGGCUCGGAUCAUGCAGAUUCACUCCCGGAAAAUGAACGUCAGCCCCGACGUCAACUACGAGGAACUGGCCCGCUGCACUGACGACUUCAACGGGGCCCAGUGUAAGGCCGUGUGCGUGGAAGCGGGCAUGAUUGCGCUGCGGAGAGGAGCCACAGAGCUGACCCACGAGGACUACAUGGAGGGGAUCCUGGAGGUCCAGGCGAAGAAGAAAGCCAACUUGCAGUACUACGCCUAGCUCCGACCCCCACCCCCUCCCGGGCUGUUCACAAUAAAGGUGGUUUAGUUUCUUUCCUCCCCCUCCCCA